AUGAUAAGUGGAAGUUACAGAGAAGGCUUCCGACUGAAAAAAGGAUCAGAUAUGGACUUUAUGCUCUGGCAUAAUGAUCAGCGUAUUAUCUGGGACCUAUCUCAGUGUCAGUAUUACACCACACACAGACAAACACUGCUCCUUUGUGACUGUUCUGAUAGUCCACCAGGGUACACUUUACUUCAAUUACUGACAUUAGGAAUUAACAAAUAUGUUCAGUUGGCAUGUUUUUUGAUGAAAGAUAAAAUCUAUGUAUCCAGUUCUAUCACCAGACUGUUCAAGUAUAGUGAGGCAUUAUCCAAUACUACUAUAGUAAAUGGGCCAUGUGUCAGAUAUUGUUUUGGAGAUUUUAUUGAAUAUGAUUAUGCUCACUGUUUUGCCUGUGACUUUUGGCCUCCAUCUGCCUCCUCAUGGAUAGACAGAUGUCACUCAUGGCCCCAGCCUCAUAUUGUUAAUGAUAUAGUGAAAAAUGGAUGUCACUUUGUAGCCAUAGGGCAUAAGGUAGGAAAUUAUGAAGACAGUGAAUGGAGAAUUUCUUUCUCUCAGGCAGAGCACAGACUUGUUUACUCAAUGAAUCACUCCCAGUUCUUAACUUAUGGCUUGCUUAAGCUUCUCCUUAAAGAAGUUAUCAACAUGGGAUUAAGUGAAGAGGAUAAAUUACUUUCCUCCUACCACAUCAAGACAGCAGUUUUCUGGGUGAUUCAACAAAAUACAUUACAGCAAUGGUGUCCACAAAAUCUCCUGGAGUGUUUCUGGAUUUGUUUUAAACUCAUCCUUAAGUGGGUGUAUGAGGGGGUCUGUCCUAAUUUUUUCAUUCCUCAAAAUAACAUGUUUCUUAGUAAAGUCCAUGGUGAAGCACAAUACUCGUUAUUUAACAAACUUUAUGGAAUGUAUAAGAAGGGUUUAGCAUCUUUCUUGCAUGAACAUUCAAUAAUGAAAAAUCAUACAAACAACCCAAAUAAUCAUAAUCUGUCCACUUUAUCAGAUGACUAUAGCCCAGAUUCUGAGAUUGAUUUCGAUAAACAAGUGUUCUGUAGACACAGUAUGCCUACCUUGCCAAUACUAGAUCUGAACCAUUGCAUGAUGGAUUUUAUAGACAAAGACAGUUAUAUGAAGGCUGUAGGGGGACAGUCCUUGUCUACAAAGAUGAGAAAGGCUCUAGCACAGGAUAUACAACUUGAUAAUAAAAUCUAUUAUAUCAGUGAACUGAUACCAGAACAACAGUCUGCUCUACAGAACAAUAAGGCACACUUAUAUAUAUCACCAUUUGUAAUGUUACACAUGUUAGAGAUCUUGUGCUACAGACAUGUGGACACAAUGAGAGCAAUACCAGCUCUAUAUGAACUACAGACCCUAGUUCACUAUGAUCAGGGACUACUUACAGAUUUAAAAGACAGAGACAUAUCGUGGCAGAUUCUGGGAUCUGUCAACAGGUGA